CUCAGUUACACUUCGUGAUCCGCAGCGUUGGUACCAUUACGACUGCCGUCGCGAAACAUUGGCGAGGUGGUUAAUCUCAAGGCAUAACCACAGCGAGUGCCCAACUUUACAGGGAGACGUUCUUCCGAGAGACGCUUGCUUCGUAUGAGCUGCUUCCAGAUGCACUGAAGUUGAACCUGGCUGAACACGGGGUCAGCAAGUGCUAAUACAACCUUUGAAGCACGGCCCUAAACAAUCAAGUUGAAAACAUCGCCGUCUAGACAAAACCUGAUGCCUUUGUCGUCAGAGCUGAAAGCGCUGUAGUCUAAAGAAUUACAGUUUCACAAGGCACGAGCGCGACAGACAGGAUUUAAAAUGUCGAGAGUCAGUACCAUAACUUCAACAACCUUGUCAAAUGGAACGAAGACAAAAUGCGAUCCUCAUUCGGAAGCAUCCUUGCGCUUGGUCACUGGAGAGAGCGUCUCCUUAUUUGACUGGAUGCGCAUAUUUGUGGGCCACGCAUGCUUUUGCGCCAUCGGAUUCUUUGGCAUAUUGAUUUUUCCGGCACUUGCACUAAGCAACCGCGUACGAGAAAUAUUCUUCGCCUUCAUAUACCUGAUUAUGCAACGCCUGUGGUACGAUGACUACGGCUCUGUGCGACGCGUCCUGAUGACCGGACUUGAUGAUAUUGUGUCACACGAUGCCACGCUAAAAGCACGUGACGCAGUCCGUGUGCUCGAAGUAGGAGCUGCCUAUGGACCUAACUUGCCUUACAUACACCGGAACAUCGAGUACUGGAGACUGGAGCCAAACGUCAGCUUCGAGCCGGAAUUUCAGAAGAACCUGGCUGCCAACCGGAAAGUGCAGUUAGUGCGUACAAUUCGAGGAUACGGCGAGGACAUGUAUAUGGUACCGGAUGGCCACUUCGACGCAGUCGUUCUCACGUACGUCUUGUGCACAGCGAAGGAUGGCAGGAAACUUCUAAGCGAGUGCAAACGUGUGCUCAGAAAGGGUGGCCGCCUCCUUUUCGCCGAGCACGUUGGCCAUCCUAAAGGUACGUUCGCUAGAUCCCUCCAGGACAUUCUUGCCCCAAUGGUCAUGUACUUCACCGGUGGCUGCUACAUGAACCGAGACAGUGGUUCCCUUCUCCUGGAAGCCGGCUUCACUGACGUUAGGAUGGAGAAUGUAAACUUGAACAUUCCCUGCGAGUACAGCUACCACGUCUACGGCUUCGCAACUGUGUAGACGAAAUACAGAAGUGGAUUGCCUGUUUAAAGGCCCUGGGAACGUGAACUUCCAGAUGACUACCACAAGAUCCAGGGAGGCAGUUCAAUGCCAAACAAACAGCCAGCACUACCGACGUUCCUGGCAAUCGUAUACAGAGACGAUAUAGCAAAUUAUGUUCGUGUGUUUGAUUUUUGUAUAGACGCUUCUGGUAUGGAGAAAUGUACCUAAUAAAAGUUCAAAACCGGG